GCGCUCGCACGCGGUACUCCAGAGCGCCGCAGACUCCACUGUAACAUCUUGAUGGUCGAGUCCUCGGUAGGGGGACGCUGAUGAGGUCUGGCAGCAUGCGCACUGGGGAUUACCUCUGCCUGUCACUAAGCGGGGGGGCGCCCUGGGGUUUCAGCCUGCAGAAAACCGACGGCGAGCACCCCCAGCUUAUAAAGGUCACACAGGUGGAGCAAGGUUGCCCAGCUGCCCUGGGGGGUCUCUGCGUGGGGGAUGAGCUGGUGUCACUAAACGACCAGCCCUGUGCGGACCUCACCCUACUCGAGAUCACGGCCCUUGCGGAUGGCUCGACCAGCAGCCUACGGCUGCUCGUCAAAAGGUGUGGAGCCAAUGGCCAGCCAGCCCCAGACCCGAAACCGGAUUAUUUCGGGGAGAGGGACACUGGCACGAAGGGCUUGGAAAGCACCACCUUGGAGAUCUGGCCUGCCCGACAGCAGCAUCCCCCUAGGGAGCUGUACAUAUGCGAGUCCCAGGAUGAGGCCUACUAUGGGGAGGCAGAGAGUGAUGCAGAGACCCCUGGCCAGGCUUCCUGGGAUCGUGUCCACCAGCUGGACCCUUUCACCCCAGGGUCCGUUGUGGAGCUGCAGCUUUCGCUCUCAGACCAUAGCUUGGACGAGGGGGGCACCCUCACCCCCCCAUCACGGCACAGCAGCUCUCAGGUUGAGGUCAUUCACACUUCCACCACCAGCCAGGCCAUACGUGUCCCUGGCACCGGCCCCGGGUCCGGAUCCCUAGGCCAGGUGGAGGUGACCCUGCAGUGGCCUCACAAGGGCUCCCAAGGGGAGGGGACAGUCAGCGAAGGCUCAGAACCCGAGAGCAGUGGGAGGGCAGAGGAGGACGGAGGAGCCCAAGAAGCACCUCCUACCGCUGAGCCCCUCGGAAGCUCCUCAGAGGAGUUUGACUCGGAGGCGGAGAAGGACGGCGGCAAACCUAACAAGCACCAGGCCCGACAUGCCAGGUUCAGGCGCAGUGAGAGCCAGUCAGAGAAGCAGGUGAAGGAGGCCAAGUCUAAAUGUAGGCGCAUUGCCCUGUUGCUGACGGCGGCACCCAGCUCCAACAACAAAGGGGUGUUGAUGUUCAAAAAGCACAGGCAAAGAGCCAAGAAGUUCACACUAGUCAGCUACGGGACCGGGGAGGACGCACCAGAAGAUACAGACGAAGACGAGGACCAGGAAGGCAAGGAACACACUGUCGAAUUCAACUUCUUUGCCACCAGUGAGUCAGAGCUUGAUGAGGAGUUGUUCACCGAAACACAAGGCCGUGGCCGCAUUGUGACCUUCGACUGGGACACAGGACUAUUGGAGAUUGAGAAGAAGUUGGAGAACCCGCAGGAUAUGGACCGUCUGCCUGAAACUAAAGGCAAAGGAGCUCUCAUGUUUGCCCAGCGCCGACAACGGAUGGACGAGAUCACAGCUGAGCAUGAGGAAAUGAGGCGGAAAGGCAUACCAGUGGAAGGGGUCCAGGAAGUACAAGAUGUCAACGUUGUCAAGCUAGGACCAUAUCAGACAGAGGAGCAGUCGUAUAUGCAGUCAGUAGAGAGCCAGGUGUACAUGGAUGUGAAUCUGCAGCAGCAUCACCAACAACAGCAACAGCAAUAUCAGCAGCCACACUACGAACAACCACAGCAAUACCAGGAUCAGCAACAGUACCAACAACAACAGCACUACCACGAUCAGCAACAACACCAACAACAACAACAGCACUACCAGGAUCUGCAACAAUACCAACAACAACAGUACUCACAGCAGCAACAAUAUCAGCAGCAGCAAUACCAGCAGAUUCAACAAUAUUCUCAAAGCAUGAACGGCAUGGCACUCCACCAAGCUACAGACAUGCAGAAAUCUACCAUCAUUACGAAUAAGACAGCAAAACCCUUCUCUGGAGUGGCGAACAAAGUUGCCACCCCCUUUUUACCCUCUAGUAGUGCAAGUAGCCAACAGCAAACGGUAUACUCAGAAAAUCAGUACAGCACAGUCCAAACCCAAGGUUGGUCAUCGGUGGGAUCCAGUGAACAGAUAGCAUCACGCGAUGAGCGGAUUGCAGUACCAGCGAUAAAGACUGGCAUCCUACAAGACUGUAGGAAGAAGGACACCUCAAAACCAAUGUUUACUUUUAAAGAAGCCCCUAAGAUGUCACCAAAUCCUAUGCUUCUGAAUCUUUUAAACAAGAAUGAAAGUAAGGCUGGAUUUCAGUCAUGCCCCGAGGAGGACUACCUCAGCCUUGGUGCUGAGGCCUGUAACUUCUUGCAAGGCCCAAGAGUUAAGCAAAAGGUUCCUCCCCCAGUAGCCCCGAAGCCUGCCAUCAAUCCAGCCUCACCACCAUGGUCUCCGCCACCUGCAUCUGGUGACCAGGUGCCAUCUCAUUUAGCAGAAAAUGAAGUUACCACCCCAGCUUCUGCCACUGCUGCAGUCUCAUUGUUACCUCCUGGUUCAGCCCCUGCCCCUGUUGCCGCCCCUGCCCCAAUGCCAGAAGUUCCCUUAUCCUCACAACCUCAUGCUGCUGUGAGUGCAUGGAGCCCCUUGGAAUCUCAGCGACAGCCAGAGCAACCAGAUGUUCCCCAGGACAAGGAACAGCCCCACCAACCAGAGAGUGCAUUAGCUUCAACCUUCGGGUCACAAUCACAGCCUGGACCACAACCACCUUUGAGUACUUGGAGCCCAGCUCAAACACAGUCUCAAGCACCUGUGAGUACUUGGGCAUCAGCUCCAACUCAGGUAGAGCCACAGCCACCUGUGAGCUCCUGGACCCCUACUCAAGCCCAGGCACAGCAACCCGUGAAAGCAUGGACUCCAGCACAAACGCAUUCACAGGCACAACCUCAGCCACCUGUUAGUGCGUGGACCCCAGCCCACGCGCAAGCACCGCAACAGCCACCCAGGUCCUCACCUGUACAAUUGCACACACAACAGAAGCCACCGACCCAUAUUAGUUCUUGGCCUGGAGUUCAGCAACAGCCAAACCUACAGUCAACAGAUAGUGCUUGGACUCAAGACCCAGCUCAAGCACAGGCACAGCCAUCUUGGGCCUCACCUGGACAACCGCAGCUACAAGAACAAUCAAAGGCACAGUGUUAUGUUAGUUCUUGGCCUCCGGCUCAAACCCAGGCACAAACACAGCCACCUUGGUCAUUUGCAGCACAACCUCAAACCCAGGCACAAACACAGCCACAGUCUCUUGUUAGUUCUUGGCCUCCCCCUCCAACUUCACCUCCCUGGCCUUCACCUCCUCAACCUCAGGCACAGCAACAGCCGUCCAUGAGCAUCUGGGCACCAGAGCCACCACAGACCCACCCUGAACCACCCAUGAACGCCUGGGCUCCAGCCCCGAGCCAGCUGCAGCCUUCUUGGACUUCACUGCCUCAAACCCAGGCACCACCACAGACACCUGUAAGCACCUUGACAUCUUCCCAUAGCCAUGGACAGCCACAGCCGCCGGUGAGUGCUUGGGGCCCCGCUCAGGCCCAGGGCCCCCCACAACCUCCAUGGGCUUCACAACCAUCCAUGAAUUCUUGGAGCCCACAGCCUCUGGCCCCCGUGAGUACCAUGGCUAUGAACCAGGGUCCCUCUGCUUCUCAUCAGCCUGUGAAAUCAUGGAACCAGCCGCAGAGCGGAACCAGUUCAUUGGGUCAUCCUCCUCCACGGAGAACAAAUUCCUACACGCCCUCCACCCCUCCUGGAAUUGCCUCCAUAGCAGGAGGGGUUGGCUCAGCUUUCGAAAUGCCAGCUCUGCGGGGAAAAGGAGCAGAGCUCUUUGCAAAGAGGCAGUCACGCAUGGAGAAGUUUGUCGUGGAUUCUUCUACUGUGCAGACAAACAAGGAACUCGACAAGAGUUACUCUCUGUCUCUACCCAGAAAGCUUCACUCCUCGUCCGCCAGCUCAGAACACGCGCUCUCUUCUGGCUUUCAGCCCCCGGAGAUUAAAGUGCCAUGGUGGGGGAAAGGACACAAGCCACCCACGCCCUGGGAAGCGGCGUCCAGGCACCCGCUGGGGCUGGUGGACGAGGCCUUCUCCUUCCAGAGCUUCCAGAGAGACCUGGCCUCCGGCAUCUGCUCCGCCGCGCACCGCAAGUCGCUGCCAGAGCCCCCGGCGGAAUGGAAGGCCAGGGUGUCCUACGAGCCUCGCCGGGCCGGCGGCGAGGGGGCGGGAGGCUGCCGCUUCAUGCCCACGUGUGUCGCCUCACCGACCAGGAGCGUAGCGUCAGCCCCGGCCGCGCCCGUUCCCUACGUGUCUCCCUGGAGAUGGCAGGCCCAGAGGUCCUCUACCGAGUCUGAGAUCAAUCACACGGUGCCUAGUCCCGGGCACAGGGGGGGCAUCAGCCAGCCAGGCUACACAUCCACAUACACCAUGCCCUGGAGACGCUAACCCAGCAUGCACAAUCUGCGAGGCCCACAUACAAUACCGAUGGUACGACACGCGGAAAAGAAACUCCUCACGGGUCAAAUGAGGUCACACAUGUUUCUGAGCUCCACAGAGCACCUGAGGCUGUUAUUUAGCAUGUGUUUUACGAGGGAAUGAGGAUAAUGAUACAGAUGAAGACGACAGAUACAAGAGGUUUUGAAAUGGAUUGAAAUGUCAUUUAAGGACACUAUGCACAAUGAUCUAUGCAUACGGAUUGCAGUAACAGAAAAAUAUAGGAUAGUUCAAAAUCAGAUGGAAUCUCCCAUUGAUCAGAUAAGGACAUGAGAGGUUUUGGCUGGCGUCUGAUUGGCAUGCCAAAAAAUGUAAAUAAUUUUGUAAUGAAUGGACAAUGAAACAGAAAUGUGCUUUUCUCAAUAAAUGAGGCAAUGGUAGUACAGGAGAAAGGGGUUAGGGUUAGGGUUAGGGUUAGGGGCGAGCAGGGAAGUCAGAGGGCCAAGGAGAACCUGGAAGGUUCCGGAGACCCAGGACUUUAUAUGGGUCCUAAAAUCAACCACCCCCAAGCCUGACAAAAUGUACCAGACAAAAAGUACUAGCGGGACCAUAGCAGGGGGAUCCAAGGAUUUAUUUUUUUGUCAUGGGGGUGAGAGUUUCUAUCACAAUUUUUCAAGCUCGUACAUCCCUGCAACUUAAUAAGCUCAAGUCGAACUCAGUUCUGCUUAUAUAAAAUAAUAUGCUUGAGGCAUCAGCACUAGUGGAGUAGACAGUAACUGCCUGUUAAUCGUCUCUAGUACAUAGCAAAGGCAGAUCAUGACGCAGCAACAAGAGUAGCCUCAUGUUAACCUACUGUGACCUCUGUCCUUAUUUGAAUAAUGGAAGAUUGACAGGACACGAUUGUUCAUCUUCACUAACAAUGAUUUACAGACAGGGAGUCAGAAAAAAGCCUUGGUUUUUAUAACGUAGAAGAGUGUAAAUCGUAAAGAUUGAACCCAUAUAACUACAUAAGAAUAACAGAUAGAUUUGGCCACUUAAAAAGAUUGUCAGGAAGUGUGUUUUUUGCGAAUGCAUUCUUGAGUGUGUUUUUAAUCAACAGAAGCAGUGUCUCAGAUUAAGUCAGUACUGAAAACCAGCUCUGAACGAGAUUAAUUCUGGUAAUUUUAUGGUGGAUGCAGUUGACAAAGCGAAGGUCACAGGGUUAUGAAUUAAGCGAUUAAGAAUGGAUAUUUAAAACAUGAACUAAACAGAUAUCAACGAGAAAGUUAAAACCAUCAGAUUUCCACGUAGUGGGUUCUGCGUCUUCAGACGGAAAUUACGUCUAAAGACAAAACGUGGCUUUCGAGAAGUGAAGUUUUGCUGUCAUUUAAUAUGAUUACGCUCUCUUGUGGUCUCCAACAUGCAAUGAGGUGUCAUGGUAGUUUAAGUGUCCUUAAGAGUGUAGUAUGUAGUGUGAACUGGACUGGGAAAUGUGGGAAAUAUGGCAGGGGCAGGGGCGGAUUAAGGUGCACAGAGGCCCCUAGGCUACAGUAGUCUGUGGGCCCCCCAACCCCGCCCCCCUCCGCGCCAAUGGGGGUCCCCUUGCAGGCAGGCACACGUGGGGCCCCUAGGCUUAAGCCAUAUCUAGCCUGUGCGUUAAUCCGCCCCUGGGCAGGGGCCAGGUGAUUGGAUGGGUUAGUGCUGGUCCACCCAGUAGGUGACAUAGGUGGCUGCCUAGGGUUCCAUUCAGUGAGGGGGUGUGGAUUUGCGAGCCAAUUUAACCGGAGGCCAUGGCAGAGAAGCUUGACACAUGAUGGGGAGUGGGAUGGAAGUGGUGUUAUCUCAGGAGAAGCUGGACGAGCAGUUAGUUCUCUCGGAGGUUAGUCAGUCUUUGUGCUGACUGAUAACAAGACAGCGAACGCUGGAGGAAUUGCAAAAUGACCAUGUACUUCAAAUUCCUUCAGUUAGUAUUUUUUUUAGCAUUUGUCACAGCGAUCUCUGCAUUUAACUGCGGGGGGGGGAGGUUUUAAAAUCUUGCAAGUGCAGCAAAAAAGGACUUUACUAUCCCCAGUAGCGUAUUUUUCACAGCCCACUACCCAUCAUAGAAUAUGUUCUUAUACAUACAGUUUUCUGUAAAAUCAGAACUUUAGCUUUUUGUGUUUUAUUUAACGCGCAUAUUCCAAGGGGAUUUUCUAAGGCAGACCAGCGGCCAUGAUUUAGAUACACAGAGCUGUAUGUUAAAUAUCGCUAGAAACUAGAGAUAAUUUCCUCGUAACACAAAGAUUACAGUAAUUAUUAGUAAGUAAUUUACAUCGAAUAGUAUAAUGUAAUUCUUCAAUAACGCUUCUGGUACAUUUUGUAUCGCAAGCUAAUAUUGAAAUGCGGACGACAAUGCAAAUAGGAUGUAAAUCCCUUAACAGUCGGUAUUCAGUUCAUUAGGUUAAGUGUAUAUAAAAUCAUAAAUUGUUCACCGCACAUAAUCUCUGGUGUACAAACCUGAGCCAACGUAAACCUCUUUAAAGCUAAUACUUUACAUUAUUAUGACCUCUUCGACCAUAUAAUUUUAACACCUGGUCAAAUUAACCUUGUUUAUGUAACGAAAUAAGCAUGUUUUUAUUGCAUUGCUGGAACAAUGACAGGAAAACGUUAUGUAUGAAAUCAGCUUGUUCUCAGUAAAAAUGCAAGCUUUAUUGUAAUUCCAGGCCGUUAAAAUGUUUGCUUUUUAUUGUCGUUGUUGAUUGAUGUGCCACGAUGCUUUAUCGGUGAUGUAUUUAUGUUCUCCUUCCUAAAGCCCUUGUUGGACACGUACAUUAAUUGUAUCGUUUCUGUAUUGAUAACAGUUGUGUAUCUUCACAUUAACUUUCAUACCAUUCAUUUGAGCUCUGUGUAAGAAAACGUUUAUGAAAUGAAUUGCUUUUCAGUCGAAUGGUGAACACAUUCCUGCCAAGUUUUUGUCUUUUGUGCAUUUAUCUUCUCAUAUUAAAGCUGCCCUCGUUAGUUUU